CAGCGCCCCGCGCACCAGAAAGUUCCCUGGGAAGUUCCGCGCGACACGGCGUGGGAGCCGCAGGCCGGACCAUGAACGUGUUCCGAAUCCUCGGGGACCUGAGCCAUCUCCUGGCCAUGAUCUUGCUCCUGGUGAAGAUCUGGAGGUCCAAGAGCUGCGCGGGCAUCUCUGGGAAGAGUCAGAUUCUUUUCGCUUUGGUCUUCACCACCAGGUACCUGGACCUCUUCUCCAACUUCAUCUCCAUCUACAACACAGUGAUGAAGGUGGUUUUCCUCCUGUGUGCCUAUGUCACAGUGUACAUGAUCUAUUGGAAGUUCCGGAAAACGUUUGACAUUGAAAAUGACACAUUCCGGUUGGAGUUCCUUGUGGUCCCAGUGACCGGCCUUUCCUUUCUGGUGAACUACAGUUAUGCACCAAUGGAGAUUCUCUGGACCUUCUCCAUUUAUCUGGAGUCAGUGGCUAUCCUGCCACAGCUCUUCAUGAUCAGCAAGACUGGAGAGGCUGAGACCAUCACCACUCACUACCUGUUCUUUCUGGGGCUCUAUCGGCUACUCUAUCUGGCCAACUGGAUCAGGCGGUACCAGACAGAGAACUUCUAUGACCAGAUCUCAGUGGUGUCUGGAGUUGUACAAACCAUCUUUUACUGUGACUUCUUCUACUUGUAUGUGACCAAAGUCCUUAAAGGAAAGAAAUUAAGCCUACCAAUGCCAGUUUGAAGAGAUAAGCCAUCCCUAAGGCAGCUAGAGCAACCCAUCUGGAUCACUCCUUGGUGACUUUGAGCCAAGACUCGGGACUUCCUGUUAAAAUGACUGGUGUGAAUUGAGCUAAGUCUAUCUCCACAUCAAUGGCAGCACCUCCCUUUAUACCAUCGUGGAUAUAAUGAACACCUGGUCCAUCUGCCAAAGUAUGGUGCCCUAAAACGAACGGCAAGUGAAAAGCUGUAAGACACCCUCCUUAGGUCAGAGCGCUGAACUCGAGCCUGUGUCCGCCUGCCAUCUAAGCUGUAAGCAGUUCAAAUAACCAGCUCUGCCAAGGGCUUAGGACGUCUACUCUCACUUGCCACCUGAGGUGGACACCAUGGCCACUGUGUAACUGAAUUCUGUGCCAAGAGCCCCCAUCAGUCUCACCCUCCCCUCCAGUCAGAGGUGCUCAUAGGAUGACUGUACACUCAGCCUCCACACAUUGACUGCUUGGAGGAAAACAUUAGGACUGCACCUAAACUCUUGUUAAGUUUUAAUAUAAUAAAAGUUCACACCUUU